AUGAGCGUCUUACUGCCCAACAUGGCGGACUUUGAUACAAUUUAUGAGUUAGAAGACGAAGAGGAUGAGCACGUAGUGAGUGAAGAACACCUGCCCAGAUACUGUCCAGAGCCUGUGGUCAUGCGAGGGGCCGGGCACAUCACUGUGUUUGGACUGAGCAACAGAUUUGACACAGAGUUUCCUUCUAUUCUCACAGGAAAGGUAGCUCCAGAGGAAUUUAAAACCAGCAUUGGCAGGGUGAAUGCAUGUUUGAAGAAAAACCUGCCUGUCAAUGUGAAGUGGCUGCUCUGCGGGUGCUUGUGUUGCUGCUGUACAGUUGGCUGCAGUCUUUGGCCUGUUAUUUGUCUCAAUAAGAGAACCAGACGAUCGAUUCAGAAAUUGUUAGAAUGGGAAAAUAACAGAUUAUAUCACAAGCUGGGGCUGCACUGGAAACUCAGCAAAAGAAAAUGUGAAAGCAGCAAUAUGAUGGAAUAUGUAAUUCUUAUAGAAUUCUUACCCAAAUAUCCUAUAUUUCGACCAGACUGAGGAGGCUGAUGUGAAGUCGAUGUGGGGCCCUUGAAUUUUCUCCUUAGUGCCUUGUAUAUACCGUACAGUAUGUUGAAAUAAGGGUCUGCACUAAUGUCCCAUGAGGACCCUGUUAAUCUGUCUGUGUAUUAGACGCUGUCACUUUGCUUUAGAGCAGAAUUUGCACAUUUUUCAACAAACUUGUUUCACUCCAAUAUUUUUGUUACAUGUCACUAAAGAGUCAACAUCAAAGUGCAUUUACCCCAAAGAACCAUCCUCUGCUUCCAUUUCAACUAUCAAUAAACCCUUGCAACGAUUGUGACGCUCCCUCAAUCCAACCCUAAAGCAGCCUUACCUUAUGUGUCUUUUUGUUACUUUGUGUUGUGGAAAAAGAGGCAGCAUUGUUGCAAGUAAAUGAGAAGGUCAAAAAUGCCUACCGCAGAGUACUUAAUCAGCUAUUUUCUGUAAUUAUCUGUAGUUGGGGACAAACAAGUUGAAACUUGACCUGUAAAUACCAUAAGUAACUGUACAGUGUUUAAUUAUUGUUUACAUAAAGUUGCGUAGUUAUUUAGUUGUUUUUUUUGUGUGUUUUUUUUUUGCCAAUCUGUUGUUUCCAUAGUUUUGAUCAAUACAUGUAUAUUUACCUGUAGUUACUAUGGACCUGUUUACCUUGCAAGCCAUAUAAUUUCAGUGUUGCCAGAGUUAGACUGAUCAAUGCACUCAAGCCCAGUUUGAUAUCAGUACAGAGAAUAGAGGAUAAAGCACGAAAAGCAGUGCCAAGACCUUUAAUCACCUGUUUUAGCUGGAGACUGACACAUUUUAAACAAAUGAAACUUGUUUUGCACCCUCCUCUGAUAUUAUUUGCAAUUCCAUUGCAUCUGUUUUGUAUCCCCUUUUAAUAUGGGAAGCACAUGGACUAACCAUACACCAUGUGUUGAGCAAAUGGUUACAAUAUUACAUUGUUUUUAACCUUGUUUAUUGUUUUUAUAAUUUCCUUUGUUAGGACACUGCUACAAUGCAUUGUGUUAAUAGUGCCUCUGGAGUAGCUUAAGAACUGUAAAGAAUGAAUUUGUGCUCUUGUACAAAGGAGAUGUGAGUAUUGCCCCUGUUAAAAAAUCUGUUUAACCACAGAGAUCCAGUGGCUCCCUUUGGAGAAAGAAAAUAAAUUGGUCUUUUUUAUUUUUA